CAAUGUAAACAUUGUAACAGGGAAGUGAUCCGCGCGGAGUAAACAGUGUCCCAUAUAGCGUAUGGGUAGCGUACAGAUUUCUUAUCUAGACACGUAUGCAAGAUUGUAAACGCGUAUAUAGAUAUAUGAAAGACCCGCUGCUGAUUCUAGUCUUGAUCAUGGCUUUUCUUCAGUCACGAAGCUCCGCGAAAAUAUUUAGAGAUGAUAAACUACAUGCAGAUUUUCAGACUUCAAACACCGAUUUUGCAUUGGAGAUUUACAAACGCUUGACUAAGAAAUCCACCGAUGGGAAUUUAUUCUACUCCCCCUUCUCCAUCUCUGCCGCCAUGUCAAUGGUCUAUCUUGGUGCCAGGGAGCAGACGGCAGCACAGAUGGUUCCCGCGCUUAGUAUUCAAUCUUUAGAUCAGCGAGUACACGAAGCUUACGAGGACUAUUUGAAAGUUGUGUUGGCUAGAAGUGAAAACGUCACACUGCAGAUUGCCAAUAGAUUGUAUCCCGACAUCAAGACAGAAAUCGUUCCAUCUUUCAUUGAUCUUUGUGCAAAGCACUACCUAGCCGACACUAAGGCCAUGGAUUACGGACAGUUUGAAGCCGCAAGGAGAGAAAUUAACGACUGGGUAAGCAAACAGACAGCUGAGAAAAUACAAGACCUUUUGCCACAAGGAUCUUUAAAUCCAUUGACUGUUAUGGUAUUGGUGAACGCUAUCUACUUCAAAGGAGACUGGGAGACAAAAUUCGACGACAAAGUUACCAAGGAUAUGACCUUUCAUAGCCUUAAAGGUCAAGAGAAGACUGUGAAAAUGAUGUUUCAAAAAGCUACCAAGUUUCCGCUUAAACACGAUGAUGAGUUAAAAUGCGAGGUUUUGGAAUUGCCAUACAAAGGAAACAGUCUUUCAAUGGUUAUUAUUUUACCCGAUGAUAGAGAUGGAUUGUCUGCCCUUGAAGAGAAGUUAACUCCGUCUGCAUUGAAAGGACUGAUGACAGACAUGCCACCUAUAAAAGUAGAAGUGUUCCUACCGAAGUUUAAACUUAAAUCUGGCUUUGAGCUUUCAGAAGUUUUUCAACAAAUGGGAAUGAAAGAUCUGUUUGACAAAACCAAAGCUGACUUGUCUGGUAUCGACGCCUCCAGGAUGUCAUACGUGUCCGCCAUAUUUCAUCAAGCUUUCGUCGAUGUCAACGAGGAAGGAACAGAAGCGGCUGCUGCCACUGCCGUCAGAAUGAUGAAAAGAUCUCUUCCACGACCACCAUUGCAGUUCAAAGCCGAUCACUCAUUUAUGUUCGUUAUCAAAGACAAUCGGUCGGACACAAUUUUGUUUGUAGGAAGGUUUGUCGAUGUUGUUGAAACCCGCGUAAAGGACGAAUUAUAGCAUGGAACUAGUCCGUCAGUCUGUUUUGUUUAUACAGAUUUUGUAUUGCUUAAAUAAUUUCAUUUCAUCUCAUAGCAUUCAGUCUUUCCUUAGUAGCAUAUGUUAUUCUUUUCAUUAUUUAAAGUUUUAAUCGUGUUCAAAUUGAUCUAUUUGGUUCCCACUGACUUCACCUUUACAUGUGGGAUACAUUAUUUUAAUAUUGUUCAAAUUAACUAAUUUUCAGCUCAAUUUUAAGACAGGGAUUCCUCUAUCUAUGACUGUUCAAGAUGUCUUUCUUUGUUUUAUAGACGAAGCUUUAUUAUGAGUGGUUAUAGAAUGUGCUUUUAUGUCCUUGUUUCGGUUAUCUAUUGGGAGCGAAAACAAAUUGUGCGCGCAGGAAGUGUAAAUAAGCGAAUUAUUUCGGUUGGCCAGUUCACAUACGUGUCAGUGGGGUAUGUGAUUUUAUGGAUAAAAUUUGACAUGGCGCGUUUGUCACGCACGCGAAUGGAAAGAUAUUGCUUAGAUAGUGUCACAAAGAAAACAUGUUGAAACAACUGUUAAGCUAGAAACACGUUGAAAAUCUGUAGAAACGACUGCUUAGGUAGUGACACAGUUAAAGUCUGAUGAAACGACUGCUAAGCUUAUGACACGGUGAAAGUCUGUAGAAACGACUGCUAAGGUAGUGACACGGUGAAAGUCUGUUGAAACGACUGCUAAGCUUAUGACACGGUGAAAGUCUGUAGAAACGACUGCUAAGGUAGUGACACGGUGAAAGUCUGGAGUGUUAAGAUAUUGGAAAAACUGUAGAAUCUACAUGAAUAAUUGAUUUCCUUCUUUCAGUAGAAUGCUGAAUUCAACAAACAUACGAU